AUGGAAUCGAUAGCAACUGGGACGACGGUGGUAGCACUGGAAAUGCUGAUUAAACUUCUUGCAAAAGAAACUAAGUCUAUGACCAAUGUUAGCCAAAGAGUGAGCGGUUUAAAAGAUGAUUUGGAGUACAUAAAUUCAUUUCUGAAGAUGGCGGAAUCAAUAAAUGAAAAAGACGAUGCACUGAAGAUAUGGGUGAAACAAGUCAGAGACUUGGCUUUUGAGACCGAAGACGUUGUGGAAGAGUUCUUACUUCUUUUGACACUGCCAUCUCAUCACUUUCUAAGAGCACAGAUCUUUCAUCUGCAAAAUCUGAGAACAAGGCACCUCUUAUCUGAAAAGAUAAAACUCAUCAGCUUGAAGAUGAAAGGAAUCAAAGAAAGAAGAGAGACAUUUUCUCUUCCGAGUACAUCACAUGAUCAUGAAUAUUUGGGAGGGCAUGCCUUGAGACUUGAUGCUCUAUUUGUCCAAGAUACUGAGGUGGUGGGAAUCGACGAUUCCAAGAGCCAAUUAUCCACAUUGCUUAAUGUGGAAGAUAAGAAUCUAUUUAUUGUCACCGUGGUAGGGAUGGGGGGCGUAGGAAAGACGACUCUGGUAAAGAAAGUCUACGAGAGUCGAGCAGUAAAGGAGAGCUUUGAUUGCCGAGCUUGGAUAACCGUUUCUCAGUCAUUUACUAUCUCGGGACUUCUCCGAGCUUCCUUGAAGAGUUUUAAAGGAGAAUUAAAAGAAGGGUCAGAUGGUGUCGAAUGGCUGAUCAACACACUGAAUAAUUAUCUGCAACAAAAGAGAUACAUUAUUGAGCUUGAUGAUAUUCAGUGUGUUGAUCAGCCCUUAGGAAGUGAUGAGAUGAUGUUUCCGGAAGAUCAAGUCAUCAAAAGAUCCAGGCUCAUUCGAUUAUGGGUGUCUGAAGGAUUCGCCGAAGACAAACUGGUAGGAUAUACCCGCGAAGAGGUUGCUGAGGGCUACCUAAUUGAACUGGUUAAUAGAAAUAUGGUUCAAAGUGUUUCGAAAAAUUGA